CUGGAGAGAGGAUGAGGCAGGCAUUGGCCGAGUUUUGCUCCAGAUAGGGAGUGAGGAGUGGGGUUGAAGCAGGCAGGCUUGAGCAGUGCUAAGUGAGGGAGGAGCUUUCACAGAUAGGGCUGGGCUGGGGAGUCCCUCAGGUUGUUAGGAGGGGAGAGUGGUUUUACCUGCCUGGAGAGGGGGCUUUUGUUCCAUGACCGCUCCUUGAGCCCCUUGCUCUGUGCCCGGCUGCUCUGUGCUGGGAAUAGGGAGAACAUCUCUGGGCGAGGCGCCCAGGGAUUGGGGCCUAAGGCAGAAACAGACAGCCAGGCGCACUUGGAUAGGAAGUAGGAAGGACAGGAUGAAGGGGAAAUUCUGUGAGCCGUCUAAGAAGGCUUCCCAAAAAGUGGAAAGCAGUAAAACUGGGGCCUGGAGACUGCCGGCGUUUCCCCCUGGGCCAGGGGAAGGCGUUGAAGGUGAAGGUAGCUGCCUGCGCAAAGGCCUGGAGCUUGCAGGAGCUGAGCCUAGAGGGUUAGGAGAGAAAGUGGCCGAUGAGCGCAGGGCUGUCGGCUAGAGCUGUGCUGUCCAGUGUGCUUGCCAGUAGCCAUAAGCCACAGUGGCUAUUUAAAUUAGUUAACAUAAAGCAAAAUUAAAAAUCCAACUCAGUUGUUCUAGCCGCAUUUCAAGUGCUCAGUAGCCACAUGGGGCGAGUAACUCCGGUACUGGAGAGAACAGAUAUAGGAUGUCUCCAUCAUCGCAGAAAGUCCCUUUGGCCAGUGGGAAGCCUCAGGAGGGGUAUGGGUGGCUCAAGGACCCACAGGACAGGGCAGGCUUGGACUGGGCUGUGUGGCUUGUGAGCCUGGCCUGUGAGGUCUCCGGACGACAGGUCCAGCUGACGAGGAUGGAAUAUGCCAUGAAGUCUCUCAGCCUUCUCUACCCCAAGUCCCUCUCCAGGUGUACGACAGUGAGCACCUCGGUGGUGACCCAGCAGCUGUUGUCCGAGCCUAGCCCAGCCACCCCCAGGACUCGGCCCUACAGAGUAAGCACCGCUGACCGGAGUGUGAGGAAGGGUAUCAUGGCGCACAGUCUCGAGGACCUCCUCCACAAGGUCCGGGACACCCUGACGCUGGCAGACAAGCCCUUCUCCCUGGUGCUAGAGGAAGAUGGCACAACUGUAGAGACAGAAGAGUAUUUCCAAGCCCUGGCGGACAACACAGUGUUCAUGGUCCUCCAGAAGGGGCAGAAAUGGCAGCCCCCGUCAGAGCAGGGCACUAGGUACCAACUCUCUCUCUCCCAUAAACCUGCCAAGAAGAUCGACGUGGCCUGCAUAACCUUCGACCUGUACAAGCUGAACCCACAGGACUUUAUUGGUUGCCUGAACGUGAAGGCGACUCUCUACGGCACAUACUCCCUUUCCUAUGAUCUGCACUGCUACAGGGCCAAGCGCAUCGUGAAGUUUGGAUAAGAGCUUGGUUAAAGUAGUCAAGCCUCCAACAAGCUAUUCUUGAUGUUUCUCCUGCUCUUCUCCACAUCAGGUCCCAUGUUAAGUGAUUUAUAUUAUUUCAACCUCCUAGCCCUGUGAGGAUCAAAAUGGUGGGAUCCCAUUUUACAGAUGAGGAAGCAGAAGCUCAGAUCUAUAGCAGUUUGCCAAGGUUCACACAGCUAAUGAGACCGGAUGGGAAUGCAGGCCUGUCGGACACAAGCUCUGCUCUCAGUACAUUGUAACACCAGGAAUGGAGAUCUUCACAUCCAGCACUCUGAAAAUUAGCUAGACUGCAAAUGACUUAGACAGGCCUUGGAGUCCAGAACAGAGGUCGUGAAGGGCAGAGCCAUAUUGUGUAGAUCAAUCUGGCAGGUCCAUGGCAGUAUCACAAAAAUAAAAGGCCUCAUGAAAUGAGCCUGAAUUUUGCACGAGAAAAUCAGGAGGUUACGGGCAUCUCGAUUAAGGUACAAUUGCAGGUAAUGCAUGUAGACCUGUUCCCGUUUGCUGAGGGAAGGCAGCGUCUGUUCCUGUUUGCACCUCGCUCUACAGUUUAUGAGAUGAUGAAGGGAGCAUGGGGGAGGAGGCAUUUUGGGGGAUGCAUGCCGGGGUUUUCUUCCUGUUUUGACGCUAGUCCCUUC